CUUUCUCACAACUCACCAGAAGCCAGACUCUUUCCUCUCCUUAUAACACACAUCUGGUUCCCAGUAUCUUCGUACCCUUUUGCCUAGCCUUUGCAAAAGCCUGUGUGUCUUGUUUGACUCGGUGUGAGGAAAACACUCGGAGAUCUAUCACGCCUUCUUCAUAGCUCUAAUUCAGUUGACUUUUCAUCAUGGCUUCCUUCUUGCGUCGAACCUUCUCGCGCCUCACUCUCUCGCGUGCUCGUGCCCAGCACUCUGGCGUACAGGAAGAUUCUAAGGAAGCCGCCGACUCGGAUUGGGUUCUUCUAGUGCUCUGGAAAGUCUACAGAAGAGCCGAGGAUGCCGCCUCAGACUCGUUCACACGGGGCGAAAUGAGUCUCUGGAAUGUCGAAAUAACAAGUUUUGAUCCUCUCGAUUCCAGAAAGCCCGACAAAACCUCCUGUCUCGAUCCUGCUGCCUACUUCGUCCCGCUUCCCAUGGAUGUCCAUGAAAAACACCCAAGAAUCGUUGACAAGGAAACCGAAGACCACCUAAACCUAUAUCAAAAAACCCUCGCACCUAACUACUCCCCUUACCGCAAUGGCAUACUCAGGGACCCAGAGGGACGCGCGACAAGCCUAGCCGCACGCUUUCGUUAUGAAAUGAGCAUCAGUCGCAAGGAUCUCGACCCGGAGUACGGGGACACCACAUUGCGUUUCGCAACCAAAUGGAGGUCAGAAACAAACUUCCACAUUGAUGGAUUUCCCGACCGCGAGGUUCGGUCAGGACGCGGCCUAUAUGCGGCCAACGACAUAUUCGUGAACUCGAAACACCCCCACGUGAAGGUCAUCCUAAGCAAUGCGGUUCGUCCAGAGAAAGACGAUGAUCUGCUCCGGUCUGAGCUGCUAGUCAUACUCGCGGCUAUGCACUCACGUCUGCGCGUCGAGUCUUUUCUUGAUCAUGUCAUUAUGCCAGUGAUGGUCUUCUCGUUCAUGCCCCCUUCCCACGUGCGCGUCCUCAUGGCAAUCUUUGACGGCCAAAAGAUCCGGAUCUCUAUGUCCGGUCUGAUGCCUUGCUCCGCAACCUCCCAGGAUCUCUACGACACGCUCGUGCGCUACCUUGCCGGUGGCACUAAUCCCAAGGUCGAUACGAAGAAGUUUCCAGUUCACCCGGUUGCGAGACAUAUGGAGGAAUUGUAGUUUCUGGUAUCGGGCAACCACAUCGGCGGUUUGAGGAAAUGGGUUUUGAUGGUUGAGGAUGAGAUUUUCCACAUGAUGAUGCUGACAUUGUGAUGUUUUUAUUUGCAAUUCAAUGAAAUUCUU